AAACCGUUCUAUCUUGCGGCUUUUGCCUUAUCACUUCUCAUAUUUGACAGUAUAUAUAACCCCAUCAAAACCUACAGUAAAGGUACAGGAAAAGGAACAUCGGUAGCUAUGAAGCACUUAAUCUUCGUCCUAGUCAUCUCUUCUGUGUUUGCACAAAACCAUCCUGAACAAACACAAGUGGCCGACCAAGCGUUUCUACGUCUAGAUCUUCACCCUAAAGAUGGUGUUCUGGAGAAAAACGAAUUAACAGCUAUAUUCACUGAGAGGGAUACAGAUGGUAAUGGAAAACUGGUAUACUCCGAUAUGGAUAAUCUUAUGCAACGCGAAGUUUUCAACUACCUUGACACCAACACAGAUGGAUUUCUAACGAAGGUUGAACUGGUAGAUAACACUUACAAAGCAAUGGAUAUUAACGGUGACAACCAAGUUACAAAAAAUGAAUUUUCCCAUUACUACUUAAAUCUAAUCCAACACCUUCAACAGGCGCAGCUUGGGCGUUAAUGUUUAUAUUUUCUUAAUAAAAUUACUUUAAAAAGUGUA